AUGUGUGCCAAGGCAUCAAACCGGGGAGUCUGGACCUACAAGCGAGGACGUGACGUCAAUCACGGGGGGCGGGACUUCCUUGCGUCAUGGCCACGUGACCCGCACCGGACGGUCACGUCUAGUCGCCCCGGCAACAGCCUCUCUCACGCACCGCGUAUCCUGUUUCGCACCGGAAAUAGGUCCCUGCUCGCCCACCGCCCAGGAUUCGCAAGCUACGCGCUCUCGAGGGCCGACUAUACCACGCCAUUUUAUGUAAUGGACUUGAGCAUCCGCGGAUUUUGGUCUCUUCCGGGGGGAGGUCCUACAACCAAUUCCCCACGAACACCGAGGGACGUCUGUCUGUACUUCUCGACACUAGGAAAUCCAGCUAUAGAUCAGUGUAAAAAAGUGAACAGUUCCUUCCUCUUCUGGUGGCUGAGGACAGACAAUGAAUUCUCUCUGUACUCGCCCAGGCUCAGCUGGGCAGUGACUAUCGUGCCAUUGUCCUCCCUGGGGAGGGCUGCCCACUUGGUAGUGCCGUGAAUCCCGGCCUUCCCUGGCAUUGACCCUCUCUUUUCUUUCAGCUCCACCAUCCCAUUAGAGAAAAGUUGCUGCGCAGUACACAGAGCCAGGUGCCAGAAAAGAUUUCGGCGCUCGUUUGGACUUUCACAAUCAGAGAUGGCAGCAGAGCCGGCAAUAGCGCUAGCUCUGGAGUCUUGGCCCUCUCAUCCGGUCUACGCAAGAUACUGGCAACAUUACCAUCAAGCGAUGGCAUGGAUGCGCUGCCACCAGAAUGCCUAUCGGAAGGCCAUGGAAUCUUGCUUCAUGUCCCCGUGGUACUCUUCUGCCAUGGGCCUUCCCCAGAGCGCUUAUGCUAAGGAGGGCGGAAGGCCUCAGUCCUGCUACGAGCAUCCCCCAGCAUCCCGGGACUCCCACCACAGUCAUUCACAUGCUGGCGGGCGUGGACCACAUCCACGCGGCAGAGGAGAGCCAGCUUGGUACGCACGGGAGGAGAAGGAGAGAGAGAGCGAGUCCGACGAUGGCGGCAUAGAAUGCGACGUGAGCAACAUGGAGAUCACGGAGGAGCUACGCCAGUACUUCGCCCAGACGGAGAGGCACCAGGAGGAGCGCCGGCGGCAGCAGCAGCUGGACACGGCGCGCCUGAACGACUACGUGAACGCGGACCACGACCUGUACCGCGACACGCGCCGCCGCUCCGUGCUGCCCCCGGCUGAGCGGCCCGGCGAGCGGCGCCGGGCCGAGAUGCGGCACCUAUACGGGGCCAGCGCCGCCAAGAUCCAGGCCAUGGAGGCGGCCGUGCAGCUCAGCUUCGACAAGCACUGCGACCGCAAGCAUCCGAAGUACUGGCCAGUCAUCCCGCUCAAGUUCUGA